AUGCGCAUCAACCGCGAGACCGUCCUCGUCGGUCGCACCGUCGUGUUGGUGCCAUACAGAAAGCAGCAUGUACCGACGUACCACGAGUGGAUGAAGGACCCACAGAUCCAGCAGCAGACGGCCUCGGAACCUCUGUCCCUCGACCAGGAGUACGAGAUGCAGAGGACCUGGGCCAUCGACGAGGACAAGCUGACUUUCAUCGUCCUCGCACGGCCCGAAGGCCAGCAAGACGCGACCGACUCGCUCCCGGUCAACGAGCUGAUCGCACGAUGCCCCAUGGUCGGGGACGUCAACAUCUUCUUCAACGAGGCGCACGACGACGAGCCCGCUGGAAAUGGCUCCGACGAUGGCGACGAAGAAGACGACGCGGUGGCCGACUCGCGGCCGACAUCGCCGCUGCCUGCGGGCACGCGGAAGGGCGACAAGACGUACGACGCCGAGUGCGAGAUCAUGAUCGCAGAGCGAGACUACCGCCGCAAGGGCCUGGCCAAGGAAGCUCUGCAGCUCCUCUUUCACUACGCGACGACGAAGAACACGCCAAGACCGUCGCCACGCCACGCCGGUGAGGCAGACGUGCUCCCCAUCCCUCCGAAUUGGCUCACGUGCAAGAUCUCGCUCGACAACCACGCGUCCAUCGCGCUGUUUGAGCGGCUCGGAUUCGUCAAGGUCAAGACGAGCGAGGUGUGGAACGAAGUCGAGAUGCGCCUCCACGUCCACCCCUGCGACAAGGAGGCUACCAUUGGUGUUAGGCCGCAACGUGUCGAGAGAUGGCCACUCGAGGAGGAGGAGAAGUAG